UCUUUCUCUAUCUCUCUCUGUGUAUGUGUUUUUUUAACAGUUUGUAAGUAUUUUUUCCCUUUAGGAGGGAACUGUAUAAUGUAUAUAGGGAAGAAAGAGGGUGUGUGAAAUGUGGCAGAGUGAUGUGAUAUAACGAGCCAGAAUCCCUCAGUCCUUUGCUGUGCUUCUUCUUCUUAUCGUUUUACCUUGUAAAAGAAAUUUUUUUUUGCAUAAAUGAAAAAAAUAAAUAAUAACAAUAGUAGGGUACAAGAUCAACUAUAACAGUGAAGUGUCAUAAGAAAAAAAUAAAGCUUUUUCUUCCUCUCUUCUCUGUGUGUGUUUUUUGGUUCUCCAUCAUCGUUUUCCAUGUCGGUGAAAUGAUGACAUCGGUAUUUCAUUUGGAGUUUGUCUUCUUGGUUUCUCUCUUUUGUUUGGGUUUUGCUUUUGUGGAUUCUGAAGAUGGAACAACACUGUUGGAGAUAAAGAAGUCUUUUAAAGAUGUGGACAAUGUUCUAUAUGACUGGACAGAUACACCAUCUUCAGAUUACUGUGUUUGGAGAGGGGUCACUUGUGACAAUGUCACCUUCAAUGUCGUUGCACUUAACCUGUCAGGUUUAAAUCUUGAUGGGGAAAUCUCAACAGCUAUUGGAAAGCUCAAGGACCUUGUUACAAUUGACCUUAGAGGAAAUCGUUUGUCUGGUCAAAUACCGGACGAGAUUGGUGACUGUUCAUCAUUGAAAAGCCUGGACCUGUCUUUUAAUGAGUUAUAUGGAGACAUACCAUUUUCAAUAUCGAAACUGAGGCAACUGGAAUUCCUAGUUCUGAAAAACAAUCAGUUAAUUGGACCGAUACCUUCAACAUUGUCGCAGAUUCCAAACUUGAAAGUUCUGGACCUAUCACAAAAUAAACUGAGUGGAGAAAUACCAAGGCUUAUCUAUUGGAACGAAGUGUUACAGUAUUUUGGUUUGCGAGGAAACAAUCUGGUAGGUACACUCUCUCCAGACAUGUGCCAGCUAACUGGUUUGUGGUACUUUGAUGUGAGAAACAACAGUUUAACUGGUAACAUCCCUCAGAAUAUAGGCAACUGCACGGCUUUCCAGGUCUUGGACUUGUCGUACAACCAGCUAACCGGGGAAAUUCCUUUCAAUAUUGGGUUCUUGCAAGUAGCUACAUUAUCUUUGCAAGGUAAUCGUCUUUCUGGGAAGAUUCCAUCUGUUAUUGGCCUUAUGCAAGCACUUGCUGUAUUGGAUUUAAGCUGCAACAAGUUAAGUGGACCCAUCCCUCCCAUCUUAGGGAAUCUGACCUACACAGAAAAAUUAUAUUUGCAUGGUAACCAACUGUCUGGAUCAAUUCCUCCUGAGCUGGGAAAUAUGACAAAGCUUCACUACUUGGAGCUGAAUGAUAAUUAUCUUACAGGACUUAUUCCACCUGAGCUAGGGAAGUUAACAGAACUGUUUGAUCUAAAUGUUGCCAACAACCAUCUUGAAGGGCCUAUUCCUGAAAAUCUUAGCUCCUGUACAAAUCUCAACAGCCUCAAUGUGCAUGGAAACAAGUUGAAUGGAACCAUUCCACCUGCUUUUGAAAGGCUAGAGAGUAUGACUUAUUUGAAUCUCUCCUCGAAUGAUAUCAAGGGUUUUAUAGCAAUUGAGCUUUCACGUAUCGGGAAUUUAGAUACAUUGGACAUUUCUAACAACAAAAUUAGUGGCUCCAUUCCUUCAUCUCUCGGUGAUUUGGAACACCUUCUGAAGCUGAAUUUAAGCAGAAAUAAUUUGACCGGAGUCAUUCCGGCAGAAUUUGGUAACCUAAGAAGCGUUUUAGAAAUAGACCUUUCAAAUAAUCAUCUCUCAGGCAUUAUUCCUCGGGAACUUGCACAGCUUCAGGACCUGUACUCAUUGAGAAUAGAAAACAAUAAUUUAUCCGGAGAUUUGAUGUCACUAAUCAACUGUAUUAGUCUUACCAACUUGAAUGUAUCCCAUAACAAUCUUGCAGGUGAUAUUCCCACAAGCAAUAACUUUUCAAGAUUCUCACCAGACAGUUUCAUUGGAAAUCCCGGGCUCUGUGGCUAUUGGCUUUCUUCUACAUGCCACGGGUCUCAUCCCGCGGAGAGAGUUUCAAUCUCUAAAGCUGCAAUCCUCGGCAUUGCACUUGGUGCUCUUGUGAUUCUUCUAAUGAUCUUGAUCGCAGCAUGUAGCCCGCACAAUCCUACACCUUUUCCAGAUGGAUCACUGGAUAAGCCAGUUACUUACUCAAGACCGAAAUUGGUGAUCCUUCACAUGAAUAUGGCACUUCAUGUAUACGAGGACAUUAUGAGGGUGACUGAGAAUCUGAGUGAGAAGUAUAUAAUUGGUAGUGGUGCAUCAAGCACGGUCUACAAAUGUGUUCUUAAGAAUUGCAGGCCAGUUGCCAUCAAGAGGCUUUACUCUCAUUAUCCACAAUGCUUGAAGGAAUUCGAGACAGAACUCGAGACAAUUGGGAGUAUUAAGCACCGAAAUCUGGUCAGCCUUCAAGGGUAUUCUCUCUCCCCGUCUCGGAACCUUCUCUUCUAUGACUAUAUGGAAAAUGGCAGUCUCUGGGAUCUCCUCCAUGUUUCUACCAAGAGGAAAGUUCUCGGUUGGGACAUUCGAUUGAAGAUUGCACUUGGAGCUGCACAAGGGUUAGCGUAUUUACAUCAUGACUGUAGUCCACGAAUCAUCCACAGGGAUGUGAAGUCAUCAAACAUUUUGUUGGACAAGGAUUUAGAGGCUCAUCUUACUGAUUUUGGCAUUGCUAAAAGCUUAUGCAUAUCAAAGUCUCACACUUCUACAUACGUAAUGGGCACCAUUGGUUAUAUAGACCCUGAAUAUGCUCGCACUUCUCGCCUGACUGAGAAAUCUGACGUUUACAGCUAUGGGAUUGUUCUACUUGAGUUACUAACUGGAAGGAAACCUGUAGACAAUGAAUCCAGUCUUCAUCAUCUGAUUCUGUCAAAGGCUGCUAAUGAUGCCGUCAUGGAAACCACUGAUCCGGAGAUCACUGCAACUUGCAAAGAUCUUGGAGCUGUUAAGAAAGUUUUUCAGCUUGCCCUUCUAUGCACCAAGAGACACCCAUUGGAUCGACCAACAAUGCAUGAAGUGACACGAGUUCUAGGAAGCCUAAGGCCAUUGGAACCCCCGGCAAAGCAACCAACCACAAUCCCACCGGCACCACUUCCAUCUACCAAGGUCACUUCUUACAUGGAUGAGUAUGCAAAUCUCAAGACUCCACACUUAGUCAAUUGCCCAUCUAUGAGUACCUCAGAUGCACAACUUUUCAUCAACUUCGGAGAGGUUAUAUCUCGAAACAGUGAGUGAAAGGAAGUCCAAAGUCGUCAAAUUUAAAAUCAAAAUUAAAAUAUUUCAUGAAUGUGCAUUAGAUGAUUGAAAGAUGAAAAAGAUGAUGGGAAAUUGUGUAUAAAGACUCUGGUAGACUGGUAUCAAUUAUUGCAGCUUAGAGAGAAAAAUAGCAAAAAGCAACCCCAAAGAUGCUAGCUAGUAAUAGUACUACAAAUUCAUAUGGUUGUAUACUGUACUAUAUCAAAUUAUGGUAGUAAUUUUUGGCUUUUUGUCUAAA